AGAGAGAGAGAGAUAGAGAGAGAGAGAAACAUAAUUGACUUUUCGUCGCCUCUGGAUCUAGGGUUUCUUCAUCGCGCGUGACUCAACUGCAUCAUCAUCAACAACACAAGCGAACCGCUCAUCGAACCCUAAAUCUAAAAAAAAAUUGAUUUUUUACUCCAGAAGGAUCUUCAUCACCAUCAUCGUCGCCAUCAUCGCCUGCAAGAAAAAUGUAUAAAUCGACGGAGAUGGUGAAGGUGUAUGAAGGUCAGACGCUUCUUGGAGAAGUGGAAUUGUAUCCACAGAACGGCGUCGUUUGGCGGGAGAAAGAAAUUCGGGUCUCUCACUACUCCCCACCCAGUGAGAGAUGUCCGCCAGUUGCAGUGCUUCACACUGUUACUUCAUCUUCUACCUCUGGCCUAAGCUUCAAACUGGAGUUCAAAUCUCCAAAGACACAACAGACACUGGAAUACUUGCAGCUCUGUGCUUUGCACUCCAACUGUCUCAGAGAAAAGAAGACUGCUGUGAUGUCACUUGGAAGGGAUGAGCUUCAUUUGGUUGCCAUGCAGUCUAGGGAGUAUGGCAGCCUUUGUCCAUGUUUUUGGGGGUUCAUUGUCUCUGCAGGGCUAUACAACUCUUGCCUAGUAAUGCUAAACCUCCGAUGUCUUGGCAUUGUAUUUGAUCUUGACGAAACACUCAUAGUUGCCAACACUCUCCGUUCCUUUGAAGAUAGGAUUGAGAACUUGCAGCGCAAACUAAGUGCUGAGACUGACCCACAACGUGUAUCAGGUAUGGUGGCUGAGGUGAAGCGUUAUCAAGAAGAUAAAAGUAUAUUGAAGCAAUAUGCUGAAAAUGAUCAGGUCAUUGAUGAUGGAAAGGUUAUAAAAUGUCACACUGAAGUCUUCCCAGCUUUAUCUGAUAGUCAUCAGCCAAUUGUUCGGCCACUCAUUAGGCUACUGGAUAAAAACAUUAUUCUGACUCGUAUCAACCCAUUGAUCCGGGAUACAAGCGUUCUUGUGCGAUUGCGACCGGCGUGGGAGGAACUCCGAAGCUACUUGAUUGCAAGGGGCAGGAAGCGCUUUGAAGUAUAUGUUUGCACAAUGGCUGAAAGAGAUUAUGCUUUAGAAAUGUGGAGGCUUCUCGAUCCAGAUUUAAAUUUAAUUAGUGCGAAGGAGCUUUUGGAUCGCAUUGUCUGUGUCAAGUCUGGCAUGAAGAAAUCUUUGUUUAAUGUCUUCCAAGAUGGGAGUUGUCACCCUAAGAUGGCUUUGGUCAUUGAUGACCGUUUGAAAGUGUGGGAUGAGAAAGAUCAACCCAGAGUGCAUGUGGUCCCUGCCUUUGCUCCAUAUUAUGCACCCCAAGCUGAAGUAGUGGCUACAUCAAAAGGAAACAACCCUUCUGCCGUGCUUUGUGUUGCAAGAAAUGUUGCGUGCAGUAUCAGGGGUGGUUUUUUCAAAGAUUUUGACGAGGGGCUCUUGCAACGAAUAUCAGAAGUGGCAUAUGAAGAUAAUUUUAGGGAAAUACCAGCUGCUCCUGAUGUUAGCAACUAUUUAAUUUCAGAGGAUGAUACUUCCAAUUCCAAUGGAAAUAAAGAUUCCCUUGGUUUUGAUGGCAUGGCUGACACUGAAGUUGAAAGGAGACUUAAGGAAGCAGUGGCUGCUUCAGCAACUAUUCCUUUCCCAGCCUCUAACUCGGAUCCUAGAAUAUCAGCAGCUUUCCAGUUCCCAUCUCUGCCUUCUUCGACCUCAAUUCCUGCUCUAACAAUGCAAGCUCUUGGGAUGCCUCUCUCUAGUCAACAGCUACCUCAAGUGAUUCCAGUACUCAGAUCAACAAUCGCUCCAGUGGGAACUGAAGACGCAACAACCUUGCACUGUUCUCCUGCUAGAGAAGAGGGUGAGGUACCAGAAUCAGAGCUGGAUCCUGAUACCAGGAGGAGACUUCUUAUUUUACAACAUGGUAUGGACAUGAGAGAGCAUCCACCAGGUGAAUCUCAGCCUACUGUACGGCCCUCUGCACAACCAUCUGUUCCUAGGGUUCAGCCACACGGUUGGUUCCCAAAUGAGGAAGACAUGGGUCCUGGGCAACAGAAUCGAGGCCAGCCACCUAAAGAAUUUUCUUCAAGUGCAGAUUCAGUGUACAUGGAAAAGCACCACCCUCAUCAUUCUCCUUAUCUUCACAAAAUGGAUGGGUCUGUUCCCUCUGAUAGACUUGUUGAGAGCCAGAGGCUACAAAAGGAGGUAAUGCCAAAUGAUGAUCGAAUGAGAUUGAAUCACUCAUUGCCUAGAUUUCAAUCAUUUUCAGGUGAGGAAGUUCCGUUCCCUAGGUCUGGAAAUAGGGAUUUUGACCUUGAAGCUGGACGAUUUGAUUCCUAUGUUGAAACAGAAGCUGGGACAUUACAGGAUAUCGCUUUGAAGUGUGGGACAAAGGUGGAGUUCAGGUCACUAUUGGUUCCAAGCAGUGAUCUGCAGUUCUCUUCUGAGGCCUGGUUUGCGGGGGAGAAAAUUGGAGUAGGAACUGGUAGAACUAGAAGGGAAGCACGUCAUCAGGCAGCAGACAGAUCACUUAGAAAUUUGGCAGACAAGUACCUGUCAUAUGUUAACCCUGAGUCAAGCUACGCACCUGGUGAUGGGAAUCAGUUUCUCAGUUCAAAUGAAAAUGGCUUUGCAAACGAAAAAAACAUAUUUGGGUACCAAUUACCUCUUAAGGAGGAUGUUCUUCCCUUUUUAUCAACAUCAGAGCCACCCAGAGGCAUGGACGCCUCUAAGAAAUCAAUCAGUUCAGUUGCUGUACUUAGAGAGCUAUGCACAAUGGAGGGUCUUGGUUUGGCGUUUCAAACUCAACCGCAACUUUCAGUUGCCCCAGGCCAGAAAAGCGAAAUAUAUGCUCAGGUUGAAAUAGACGGAGAGGUGUUUGGCAAGGGAAUUGGGUCUACUUGGGAUGAAGCUAAGACACAGGCUGCUGAAAGGGCUCUAGGAGCUCUAAAACCCACCCUUAGUCAGUUCUCACACAAACGUCAGGGCUCCCCAAGAUCCCUGCAGGUGUUCUCCAAUAAUAAAAGAUUAAAACCUGAAUAUCCUCGAUUUUUGCAACGAGUCCCAUCAUCUUCCAAAUAUUCAAAGAACUCUCCUGUCAUGCCGUGAAACUUUAUAUCAUUAUAAACACAAAUAUAUGAUAUACACACUCCAAUGGAACCGGUUGGCGGCUGUCAUUAAUUGUUUGGUGUGCCCAAUCAGCAUACCCGCGGUAAUUAUACAUGUUGAUCAAGUGCCACUUCCUCUAACUACGUACGACUCUGUGUUUGCAUGGGAUCCUCCAAACCUUGACGCGGAUAACAAUGCCCGCCAACUUUGCGGGGCCGGUUUGUCAUAUAGUUUUUUGACCCCAGGGAAGCCACAUUGCAUGAUGUUGCGCGGCAAGUCUGCAACUCGUGGGGCUCACCGGAUGUGUUGUGUUUGUACUGUUCCGGCAAUGACAUCAGCAGAACGGGCGAGUGGGGGUAAGAAUUGUAGUUUUUGAGUAGAGACGACGGUGUGCCCCCCCCCCACCCCCCACCCCAUCUCCUACCGCUUCGCCGGGUUGGAUUUGAGUCUCGUGUGGAUGUACCAAUUCAAUAGGUAUAUAGUAGUCUCCAUCCUCAAAUACAAGUCCUACAACCUUAGCUUGUGGGGAUGGUGUGUUCUUCCUUUCUCUAUGCUUCCAUCAUUAUUUUUUCUUGAAACUCUCUUUGUUGUUUUAGUACAGUUCUCUG